AUGAUUCAACUCGUCAACUUGAUCAUCAGAGUGAAAACCCGGAAGUAUUUCGCUUGCAAUCCAGGUAUCUACGAGUGUUUCGAUAUCGGCAGGAAGGAAGUUCGGCUUUGCAGCGGUACGGCUAAUUACCUGAAGCGCCUUGAUGGAAAGAGGAUCAGCGCAUGGUUCCAAGGCUCGCGCCGGUACCUCAUCCCGCACCGCAGCGACCAGCAGAUCAAUGCCUUACACUCCACUGAGAACUCGGCGGAGGAUUAG